UCUCAUCGUUUCCGCUCCUUCUCUUGAGUAAAGUUUCCUUCAGAGAAAACGGUUUCGAAGCCUAAGAAAAAUUACACGUACCUUGUACUCCCUGUUCGAGAAACGUUGCUUCGCAAGAUGCGGGGGCAGGUUGCCGCUUUACCGAGAGUCGCUACAAGCGCGCUGCGAUCAGCUGCGAUGUCCGGUAACAACGUCGUCGACGUUACUUCGCAGCGCUGGAUCCAAACCUAACCUAACCUAACCUGCGCCACGGUCGGUGUGUGUGUUGUCUCGAGUCGCUCGGAUCCCUGGCUGGGCCUGGCUGGGUGGAAUUCGCUGAGAGACAAGAACGAGCGCAUCGAUAACGGCGACGGGAUGUCCGGGUACGCCGGUCAGGACAGCAAUUACUGGGCCCAGCAGCAGCAGUCGCCGCCGCAGCCGCCGCAGGGCCAGUUCAACUUCGAGGCGUCCGGUUUCGGUCAACCUAACCAACAAUUCGAGUUCCAGACGUACGAGCAGAUGCCCGGCGAUUACUCGUACGGGCAGAAGAGCUUCCUGGACCCCACGCAGAGCCCGUACAGCGGCAGCCUGUUCGCGCAGGACGACUAUACGAAAGGCACCACCGGCUUCGGGGAGGAGGAGGACGAGCCGCCCCUGCUGGAGGAGCUCGGCAUCGAUCCCGAUCGGAUAAUACAGAAGACUCUGGCUGUGUUGAAUCCCUUCCACAGGAAAGGGCAGAUCGACGACGCGAGUUACCUGCUGCAGGACUCGGAUCUGGCGGGGCCCGUGGCGUUCUGCCUGGUCCUCGCGGCGUUUCUCCUACUGGCUGGCUCCAAGGCGCACUUCGGCUACGUGUACGGACUGGCCAUGACCUCCUGCAUACUCAUGUACAUUCUGCAAUCCCUGAUGAGCAGCAGCAGCAACAACAUCACUCUGUCGUCGGUCGCGUCCGUGCUGGGCUACUGCCUGCUGCCGGUGGUCGUUCUGGCGGGCCUCAGUAUCUUCACCACGCUGCGAGGUCCGAUGGGCCUGGUCCUGGCGGUCCUGGCUGUCGCCUGGGCGUCCCUCUCUGCUUCUAGACUCUUCUCCACCAUGUCGGGGGAAGAAGACCAGAAGCUUCUCAUAGCGUAUCCGUGUUUGCUUCUCUACGGCGUAUUUACGUUGAUAAUUAUAUUUUAAGUAAGGAAUUUAUAUUGGCUGUAUAUACAGGUUUCAUGCCUGACUGCAAAUAAACCUCUCGGAUCUGCGCAGGAAGCAUAUUUUGUUUUUACACAUAGAUUGGUGCCAAUGAUUAUGUAAUAAGGCAAAAUUUAUCUCUACCCUUUGUCGAUGCAGUGGAUUUUAUCGUGUUUUUAAAUCGUUUCCCGAAUUAUAUGUCUUGAUAAGCACGUUUUGGCAGACAUGCUUAUUUCGUAUGUGGCGAUAACAUAUGAGCGUACGUUAUGUUUAGUGCUAACAUUCAAUUAAACCAUUUUUGUUAUACAAUUUCUAAAUAAAAUUUAUGAUAUUAACUUAUGUUAUCCUUGUCCAAAUCUUGUCGCUCGUGGGCUGUAAGGCUAUUUUAAUUAAUUAUUAAAUAACGAAUUGUUUCUAGAGUAUCAUCACUAUGUUAAUUUCAUGCCCAGUGUUUACACGUAUAUUUAGUUGCCCUUAAUUAAAAAUGUAUUUUUCACUUAGCACGCGACAUGUUAAAACUUUAUAAACAAUAUGACUAUGUACAACAUUUGAAUAACUUCGAUAAAACGAUCGAUUCAGGAAUAAAAAUAUGCAAAGCACAAGGAAAUUGUAGCAACGAUCGAAUAUUCGUGACUUUUCGAUGUAUCAAGAUAUUGUAAUAAAUUUACGUUGGCAAAACACGAGAUAUGUAUAUUUUUAUAACGUUGCAAUAUUCUAAUGUAUCCAAAUAAAAUAUUCAAUCAGGAAA